AACACCCAGUACUCGAUGGACGACGCCGGCGAGAUACACGCGUUCCGGCGCAGCCUGUUCUCGCGGUCGUCGCCGGACUAUGACGGGGAGGAGGCACUGCGAUGGGCGGCGCUGGAGAAGCUGCCCACCUACGACCGCGCCCGGACGGCGGUGCUGGCCAUGCCGGGGGAGGGGCUCAAGGAGGUGAACGUGGAGAAGCUGAGCGCCCAGGAGAAGCACGCGCUGCUGCAGCUCGUCGCCUGGGUCGGCGAUGACCACGAGCGCUUCCUCUCCAAGUUCAAGGACCGCCUCGACCGAGUUGGGAUUCAGCUGCCGACGAUCGAGGUGAGAUACGAGAACCUCAACGUGGAGGCACAGGCGCACGUUGGGAGCAGGGGCCUGCCCACCAUCCUCAACACCUAUGCCAAUCUACUGGAGGGCCUGGCAAAUGCUCUUCACCUAACACCAAACAGGAAGCAGAAGAUACCAAUCCUUCACAAUGUCAGUGGAAUCAUCAAGCCCCACAGGAUGACCUUGCUUUUGGGACCCCCUGGCGCCGGAAAGACCUCACUGCUUUUGGCCUUGGCCGGAACUCUGCCUUCAAGUCUUAAGAUGUCUGGGGACUUAACUUACAAUGGGCAUACUAUGGAUGAGUUUGUGCCACGGAGAUCUGCAGCUUAUGUCAGCCAACAUGAUCUGCACAUGGCCGAACUGACUGUCCGUGAGACAGUCAACUUCUCUGCAAAAUGUCAAGGAAUUGGUCACCGUUUUGACCUGCUAAUGGAGCUAUCCCGGAGAGAAAAGGAACAACACAUCAAACCAGACCCAGAAAUAGAUAUCUACAUGAAGUGCAACCGUCUCCCAUCGGCUGAAUCCAAACGCCACAUGCUCAUGCGCUUCCGCACGCUGAAGUAA